CUCUCUCUCUCUCUCUCUCUCUCUCUCUCUCUCCCUCUCUCUUUUCUAUCUUUUCUCUCAGACUUCUCUCACUCACUGGACAGACACUGUUCCUCUCGGUCUUUAACACCACCUCUCUGUUUUUUCAAAACUCUCUUCGUUCUUUGUUCCUCUUUCCACAUCUGCUUUGGUAUCCUCUCUCUCUCUCUCUCUCUCUCUCUCUCUCUCUCUCUCUCUCUCUCUCUCUCUCUCUCUCUCUCUCUCUCUCCCUCUCACUCUUACUCUCUCCCUCUCUCUUUUCAGUGUCAGUCUAUCUCUCUCGCUCGUGUCCCACUCCUCGCUCAUCUCUUCAUCAUCUUGGUUGUCCGAGGCACUCCGGCUUGAUCGCCCCCUCUUCUUCAUCCUCCAAGGAUCCAGCUGAAGCCGGGACACUCGCUCUCUCUCUGCUUCUUCUGAAUAUCUCACCCCCCCACCGACCAGAAGAAAAAAUGGCAAUGACUAGCAUCCUCAGUGCUGAUGACAUCAAGAAGGCCCUGAAUGCGUUCGCAGCGGCGGACUCCUUCGACCAUAAGAAGUUCUUUGAGGUGGUUGGUCUGAAGGCGCUGUCAGCAGAAGAGGUGAAGAAGGCCUUCCUGGUGCUGGAUGCCGACAACAGCGGAUUUAUAGAGGAGGAGGAGCUCAAGUUCAUGCUGAAGGGUUUCUCCUCCAGUGGGCGGGACCUGACAGACCAGGAGACCAAAGCCUUCCUCAAUGCCGCCGACAAGGACGGAGAUGGCAAAAUAGGCGUGGAGGAGUUCACUGCCCUGGUGAAGGAGUAGAAGCCCGGUCCAACCCGACUGACCAGCGCUCUGCCAACCGCAACCGCGUUCCCUCACGACCGCCAAACUCUGACGCUUGCCACCCCUUACCCCCACCCGUAAAUAACCCCCCUCCCUUCACCCACGCAGAUACACACACACACAACCCAAUCCCUACUUACACACGCGGACACACACAGAAACACACACACUCAAACACACACCGAUACAAACACACGCUUGCCGAAUUAAUCCUUUUAAGUAUACACACAAACACACACACCAUUAUCCCCAUCUCUUGUACACCCUCGAACCCCCCCCCCCCCCCCCCCCCCCCCCCCCGCCCCUGAAACAUACCUGUCCCCAUAACAUCCUAGUUCUUGUUUUUCUACAAACCAUAUAUAUAUGAUAAACAUAUACAUGUGUAUGUUUCUGCUUGUGUAUAGCCAUUCUAUUUGCCUGUGAGGCCAUAAGCAACACAUUGAAUUUUAGACUGCAGUGUAGAUAUUUCAAAGAGAAGAAAACAAACAUCUUAUAGCAGAAAGAGCCCCCCCCCCCCCCCUCUUCUCUUUCUUGGGGCAAACACUAUCCCUCCUUCUCUUUCUCCCACUCAAUCCCCCUCUAUAAUUCUCUUUCCUUCUCUCUCUGUCCCUCUUUACGAUCUAUGUUUCUCUCUCUCUCCCAUCCCUUUCUGAUAUACUGUAUGUAUUACACUACCGGCUAGCGGUUUUUACCUCUCUUCAUUGCAUCGCAUCUCUCGCUCCAUCCCUCUCGCUUCCCCCAUCCCUCUCCCCGCUCUGGUAGAUGAGCUAUCAUUGUACAACACGCCAAAAACACGCCAGAAGAAAGAGGUCAAGCUGUGAAAGAACAAAAAUAAAAAUAUUCUAAAAUGAU